AUGACGCCAAAGCUACCCGCUCCUCCUCGGGAGUUUGAUGGAACUCGAAGAAUUGCUCCACGCGAAAAAUCCACAUUAAUCUUUUAUCACCAGAUAUUAUGGUGUUUCAUACCAUUUAUAGGUAUCUUUGAGCGGUUCCGUGGAAUACUUCAUGAAGGAGAAAUUGACAAGAGGGUCCAGUUCUUGAUUGAAGGCCUUUUUGCAAUAAGAAAAGCCAAAUUUCAGGGAUACCCAGCUGUCCGCCCAGAACUGGACCUUGUGGAGCAAGAAUAUCAAUUAACCCAUGAGUUAUCCCUUGAUGAUGAGAUUGGUCCAGAGAUUGCUCUAGAUAUUUUUAAGCCGGAUCCAAAUUUUCUGGAGAAUGAGAACCGCUAUGAAGAGUUAAAGAAAAAUAUACUUGGGGAGGAGUCUUCAGACGAUGAAGAUGGCUCUGAUGCAGGCACAGAUGAUGAGGAUGAGGAUGAUGAGAAAUCUGAAGAAGAGCAAGAAGACGAAAUGGAGAUAAAUGAUGAAACAGAGACAAAUCUUGUGAAUCUGCGGAGGACAAUUUAUCUGACAAUCAUGUCGAGUGUCGAUUUCGAGGAGGCUGGUCAUAAGUUAUUAAAAAUCAAACUAGAUCCAGGUCAGGAGAUGGAGUUGUGCAUCAUGUUGUUGGAAUGUUGCAGCCAAGAGAGAACAUAUCUUCGAUAUUAUGGUCUUUUGGGACAGAGAUUUUGUAUGAUCAACAAAAUUCACCAGGAAAAUUUUGAGAAAUGCUUUGUCCAGCAAUAUUCAAUGAUUCACAGGCUUGAAACAAAUAAAUUGCGUAAUGUGGCCAAGUUUUUCGCUCAUCUACUCGGAACAGAUGCUUUACCUUGGCAUGUUUUGGCUUAUAUACGUGUGACUGAGGAGGAUACAACUUCUUCUUCACGUAUUUUUAUCAAAAUUCUCUUCCAGGAAAUGUCAGAGCACCUUGGUAUUCGCUUGCUGAAUGAACGUCUUACAAAUCCUACCAUGCAAGAAUCUUUCGAGGCUAUUUUCCCAAAAGAUAACCCAAAGAACACAAGGUUUUCAAUAAACUUUUUUACGUCCAUUGGUCUGGGUGGACUUACAGAAAAUCUACGUGAAUACUUGAAGAACAUGCCUAGACUAAUUAUGCAACAGCAAAAGGCAGUAUCAGGAUCAGACUCCGGAUCAGAAUCAGAUUCUGGGAGUUCAGGUUCAGCCGAGUCUGAGGACUCCACUUCUGAAUCCGAAUCCGAGGCAUCGAGUUCUGAUAACUCUGAAAGUGAAAGGGGUAACAAGCGCUGGAAGCGUCAGAGGAGAGAUUGAAGCCAUCUUUUGUAACUUAAGCACUGGAGGUGUACCAUAUGUUCUUUUUAGAAUGUAGAUUGUGCAGAUCUGGAUUUCAGACUUUUGAUGCACUGUUUUGCGUGCCUUCAAAAAAUUUCUUGUAUGAUGCAUCAUCUACACUUUCUAUAAUGGCAUUUCUGCAAUGAUCCUUAUCCA